AUGUUCUUCAGCUUCGGCUUCGUCAACUACUCGCGCAAGGACAACCUGGCGGUGGCACGGAGCACGUUUGGGCCGACGUACAUGAUUGCGCGGUCGGCGGCACUGGUGCUGCACUUUGACGUGGCGCUGGUGCUGUUCCCGGUGUGCCGGACAUUCAUCUCGCUGGCACGGCAGACGCCGCUCAACGGGAUCAUCCAAUUCGACAAGAACAUCACGUUCCACAUCACGACGGCCUGGUCGAUUGUGUUCUUCUCGUGGGUGCACACGAUCGCGCACUGGAACAACUUUGCACAGAUCGCGGCGAAGAACAACCUGGGCAUCUACGGCUGGCUGCUGGCCAACUUCGUGUCGGGACCGGGCUGGACAGGCUACGUGAUGCUGAUCGCGCUGAUGGGCAUGGUGCUGACGUCGGUGGAGAAGCCACGGCGGGCCAAUUACGAGCGGUUCUGGUACACGCACCACAUGUUUGUCGUCUUCUUCUUCUUCUGGGCCAUCCACGGAGCCUUCUGCAUGAUCCAGCCGGACUUUGCGCCGUUCUGCAUCUCGAUCGGCACGCAGGCGGUCGGGGUGUUCUGGCAGUUCUGGAUGUACGGUGGCUUCGUCUAUCUGGCCGAGCGGGUGGCGCGUGAGAUGCGUGGACGACACAACACGUACAUCAGCAAGGUGGUGCAGCACCCGAGCAACGUGUGCGAGAUCCAGAUCAAGAAGGAGAACACCAAGACGCGGGCGGGCCAGUACAUCUUCCUCUGCUGUCCGGCAGUGUCGAUCUGGCAGUACCACCCGUUCACGCUGACGAGCGCGCCGGAGGAGGACUACAUCUCGGUGCACAUCCGUGUGGCCGGCGACUUCACCACAGCGCUGGCCAAGGCGGUCGGCUGUGACUUUGGCAAGGACAAGGACGCGUCCAAGGUGGUGGGCGUCAGCGGCGGUGACGGCAGCGACGUGGACCCGGCUCUGCGCCGCAUUCUGCCGCGUGUCUAUGUGGACGGGCCGUUUGGAUCGGCGUCCGAGGACGUGUUCAAGUACGAGAUUGCGAUGCUGGUGGGAGCCGGCAUUGGCGUGACGCCGUUUGCGUCGAUCCUCAAGAGCAUCUGGUACCGGAUGAACUAUCCACAGACGAAGACGCGGCUGUCCAAGGUGUACUUUUUCUGGAUCUGCCGUGACUUUGGCUCGUUUGAGUGGUUCCGCUCGCUGCUGCUGGCCAUCGAGGCCCAGGACGUCGACAACCGCAUCGAGAUCCACACGUACCUGACGGCCAAGAUCAAGAUUGACGAUGCCACCAACAUCAUGAUCAACGACGCCAACGCUGACAAGGACGCCAUCACCGGUCUGCGCGCGCCAACCAACUUUGGUCGGCCCAACUGGGACAUGAUCUUCCGCGGCAUCCGCAAGCUGCACACCCCUGCCGAGGCUGGCGUCUUCUUCUGCGGGCCCAAGGGCCUCGGCAGCACGCUGCAUAUCUUCUGUAACAAAUACAGCGAGCCAGGCCCGUCUUCCAUCCUUGUUUGGUACCCCAUCGUCCCCAUGUCGGCCGAUUUCUGGGCCGGCUAUAUCAGCGGUGCCGCCGGCAUUCUCAUUGGCAACCCGCUAGACAUUGUCAAGGUGCGCCUGCAGGCAGGCACAUACUCGACCUCAUCGUCGCUGUCGUCACUUUCGUCUCUGCCGGUUUCUUUAUCGUCAUCGCCGUCGUCGUCGUCGUCCUUCUCCUCGUCUGCCAUUCUGCGCCGCACCGUCGCUCUGGCCACGGGUGCGGCAGCGCCCAUUCUCGGCUACGGUGCCCUCAACGCGCUCCUCUUUGUGUCGUACCGCCAGGCCGAAGAAGUCCUCCAGCCAGGAUCGAGUGCCGGUCUCCAGGACGGCAGCCCGUCCUCGCUGACGACGACCUGGCUCGCCGGUGCCGUUGCCGGGCUCGCCACCUGGGUCGUCAGCACGCCGACAGAGCUGAUCAAGUGCCAGGCCCAGACAGCCCCGACUCGGACGGCCUCUUCACCCCCCUCUUCUUGGGCCAUUGCCCGUCAGGUCUGGACGACCAGCGGCCUGCGCGGCUUCUUUCUUGGCGGCUCCGUCACGGCCCUGCGCGACAGCAUCGGAUACGGCUUCUACUUCUGGUCGUACCAGCUGGCAACGGAUGCCUGGAGGCAGCGCUGGCCCGCAGACGACGGCAGCACCAACACCAGCACCAACUCCCAGACGGCAGCCCUCGUCUGUGGCGGCCUCGCCGGCAUCGUCACCUGGGCCAGCGUCUUCCCGCUCGACGUGGUCAAGACCCGCGUUCAGGCCCAGGUCCAGACCCAAACCGCCGCCCUCACCUCGGCCUCCUCUCCGCUGCUCGCAACCUCCUCGCCUCCUCGCCUCUCCACCCUUCAGAUCACCCGGCUCGCCUAUCGGGAGGGCGGCCUGGCCGUCUUCUUCCGCGGUCUCGGCGUCUGUAGCGCCCGCGCGUUCGUCGUCAAUGCCGUCCAGUGGGCCGUCUACGAAUGGAUCAUGCGCGAGCUGGGCGCAACGCCGGGUUUGCGCGAGGAGGGUGUCGCCAUGUGA